CUCUCUCUCUCUCUCUCUCUGUGUGUGAAUGGAGUGCAGUGAUCAGUGAUGUUACACAAGUGCUACAGAGAUAAUGUGUGCUGUCAUGUAUUAAACCGAUGCGGUCAGCACAUCAGACUCCAGACUGAAAUCACCUCUUCACACCAGCAGGUUUCCUAAUCUAACUUCAUGUGGAAACACAAAUGUACAGACAGAGCAAAUGCAUGACCAUCAGAGGCUAAAGUUAAACUCAUCUUCUCUAGACUAGAGGUGUGUGUGCUGUUUUGUUUUGGCAGUUCAGACCCCUGCUGGACGAUGAUGGAACUACACCAAACAAAAGCAGGUCACGUGACAUACCUGGGUAUGUUUAAGGGACAGUACAAUGGUUACUUGCUGGGGGACAGAGGAUACCCUUGUCUGCCCUAUUUAAUGACACCCUACCCUGAACCUGAGCCUGGACCACAGACACGGUUUAACCUGGCUCACAGCCGAACACGGGCCAAGGUGGAGAUGACUAUAGGGAUCCUCAAAUCUCGGUUUCAGUGUCUGCGUGGGCUCCGGGUUAGUCCAGAGAGGGCAUGCCACAUUAUUGUGGCUUGUGUUGUGCUUCACAAUAUUGCCACUAUAAGAGGAGAGAGCCACCCUCCUUGUAUUGAGGAAGAUGGCCCAGAGGAACACCCACAGAUUUUAGAGCCCAACAGAGACGGAAGACUUUUGAGAGACAGGAUUUGUCAAAAUUACUUUUAUUAGUUUUUUUGGCACUGGUCUGCCAGGCAGUUUAUUUCUUCAU